UCACUAGGACGCGACAACGCUGGGUGGUUUCCGUUGCUACAUGUAAACAAAGCACAAUUAGCUGCGGCGAGUCCGGUGACGAGAACCGGGCUGUAAUCAGAACCCAAGCCGAAUCAGUGGAUCCGGGCCGGAAAGUCGGAGGGAUGGAGUGAUCCAGAACCGAAGACAUGUCCAUGGAAGACCCGUUCUUCGUCGUUAAAGGGGAGGUGGAGAAGGCAGUGCACGCCGCUCAGAGCCUCCAUCACCGCUGGAGCGAGCUGCUGCAGGAAGAGGGUGGAGCCUCCAAAGAGGAAGUAGACUGGACCACCAAUGAACUGAGGAACAGCCUCCGCUCUAUUGAGUGGGACCUGGAGGACCUGGACGAGACCAUCAAAGGCAUCGUGGAGUCGAACCCAAAGAAGUUCAACUUAGAGGCAGCAGAACUGACUAAGAGGAAAGCCUUCAUCAUCUCCACUCGGCGCACCGUCAAGGAAAUGAAGGAACAGAUGUGUAGUCCAGCUGCUGCUGCUGCUUCUGCUGAUAGACACAACAAGCGGAUUCUGCCGAGUGACACCCAGGGUCCCAUCUGGCAGCCUGGUUCUAAUAAAUACACCCCACUGGACCGCCAGCUGCAGAACGCCAACUCUCAGUUCAUCGGCGAACAGCAAAUGCAGCAGCAGCUUAUUGCAGAGAAACAGGACGAUCAGUUGGAGCUGGUGUCCGGAACCAUCGGGGUUCUGAAGGACAUGUCAGAGCGGAUCGGCAUGGAGCUGGAUGAACAGGCUGUGAUGCUGGACGACUUUGGGCAUGAAAUGGACAACACUCAGUCCCGCCUGGACAAUGUGAUGAAAAAACUGGCCAAAGUCUCACACAUGACAAGUGAUCGCCGUCAGUGGUGUGCAAUUGGUGUGUUGCUCCUGAUCCUGCUGGUCGUCAUCAUCCUCUUCUUCAUCCUGUGACUGAAACACCACGUUGACUCAAACAGCUGAUCUCAGACUCAAUCUUCUGGACCCCAUCUAUACUGUUGUGACCCUUGCUAGACUGUACUGUUCUGGACAGGACCCGUCUGAUCUGAAAUCUUCCUGCUGCGAUUUGAUCUUUUGACAGUUUGAACCUCAGACGUCAGAGACAACAAAGCUUUUUCAGUUAGUUUUGGUUUAGAUGUUUUAUUUGAUAUUCUUAACCAGUUUAACCUGUUCCUAUCCAGUUGAACUUGGACCUGAUGAAUUUAUUAGUAGAAAAUGUAUCGGUUCAUUUUAGUCUGAAACAAUCAGACUUUUUGGAGUUUCUGUUUCCUGAAAACUUUCAAUCUGAUUGGUUUUAAGCUGUGCCUCCUAACUGUGGCCCACAGGGACCGUUGCCCCGCAGCCUUUAGAGGUCUCUGCAGGAGGUGAAGGCUGGAGGAACAGGGAACUGGGGUUCUGAAAGACUGGAAGAGAGUCCUGCUGCAUUCAGUGUUAACUGAGAACCAGGAGAAGUGAUCAGAACUCUAACAGUAAACUCUGGUUCUUGGUGGUCUCUGGAUAUAAACAUGUUCUCAGCAGACCGAACCUAGAAACUCUCAGCCUGGUCCAACUUCACACACAACCUCUGUUCUUGGUGAGAAACAGGCUGAUUCUGGGUUUUCUGCUUUCUGAGGUACAGUGAAUGCAGCAUGUGAACCCAGAUUAGUUCAAUUUAUUUAAACCCAAAAACAAACAUCAAGAAAAAUUUGUCCAAAUUAUUUCAAUGAUACAGAAACACAAUAAACCCCUUUUCACACCAACAGAGUCAGUCAAGGAGGAAGCAGAGUGGUCUGGUUCUGAGCCCAAACGUCCUCCAGGACCAAAAUAAAACCAGCCUGGCCAACACCAGUUUAAACUGGUUUAGUUUGGGUUACACUGGUUUAUUGUAGCUAUAACUGUUCAAUAAGGUGAAAACACUAAGUUAAGUUUGUUUGUGUUGACUGAAAACUUUUUCAUUUUAGUUUUUUAACAGUUUUAUUUUCUGUUUAUUUAAACGACAGGUUGACUUGAUUUCAUUUAUUUAGGGUUAGGACUUGAGUGGUCAAAUGCACUUCCUGAUACUUCACAAUAAAAGCCUCUACCACAGUAA